AUGCCUGAAGAAGAAACAAUGGAUACAGAGAUUAAUACUAAGUACAAAGAUGGAGUAAAUCGUAACGCAAGACUUAUAAUACGCAAUAUAUCCUUCAAAGCAACAGAAGAGUCUUUAAAAGAUCAUUUUUCGAAAUUCGGUAAUGUUGAAGAAGUGAAGUUAUUAAAGAAACCCGAUGGCCGGCUUGUUGGCUGCGCAUUUGUACAUUUUACGCACGUUCCGAUGGCAAAUAAAGCAAUAAAUGAAACACAUAAAAAACCUUUUUUGGGAAGGCCAAUAUAUGUCUCAUGGGCAGUACCAAAAGAUAAAUAUGAAGUGCAGGUACCAAAUAAAGACUUUAAGCUUGGGACUGUCAGCUUUUCUUCUGACGGAGAGGAAGAAAAUUCAGAGGAUAAAGCUGAAAAACCUAAAUGGAAGGCUGAAAAACCAAAUAAAAAGGUGGAAAAGGUAGAAAAAGAAGACAAAAAUAAAGUGAGAAUCAAUCGCAAUGCUCGUCUUAUCAUCCGGAAUGUUUCAUUCAAAUCUACUGAAGAGUCUUUGAAGGAGCACUUCCAAAGCUAUGGAGAUAUUCAAGAAGUGAAAUUGCUGAAAAAACCUGAUGGAAAAUUAGUAGGCUGUGCUUUUGUACAUUUCAAGAAUGUACCUAUGGCUAAAAAAGCAUUAUUGAAUACAAAUAUGAAACCAUUUUUGGGCAGGCCUAUAUCAGUGGAUUGGGCGGUUGCCAAGAACAAAUAUAUGCAGCAUGUGGUCAAUCAGCAAAUGGAAAUAGAAGAGAAUAUAAAAAAAGAAGAUUCCGAUAGUGAUGGUGAUGAGCAACCUCUUAAUAUAUCUGCAGAUGAUGUUAAAGAUGAAAUUAAAAGUGAAUCAGAAAAUAGUGAUAAUGAAGAAUCAGAUGAUGAAAAACCAGAUUCCGAUUCUGAUGACACUGGUGGGGAAGAUGAUGAAAGUGAAGAAAGCGAUGAUGAAGAAGACGAUGAUGAGGAUGGUGAUGAGAGAAGACUAAAGGAUGAUGACGAAAACAGUGUCACUAAUAGUCAGCCUGAAAGACAAAGGAUUAAGCUAAACGAUGCUGAAGAUGGCUGUACAGUUUUCCUAACCAAUGUUCCGUUCAGUGCGGAUAAUGACCAACUGAAACAGUUUGCUGAGAAAACUGGGCCAGUUAAAUAUGCUUUAGUUUGUGUAGAUAAACUCACUGAACACUCAAAAGGGUCAGCUUUUGUCAAAUUUGUGAAUAAUGAUGAUGCUACUAGAUUCCUUUCAUUGUCACCUAAUGAGUUGCGCUUAGAAGGACAACUUAUGACAGUGAAACCAGCUCUGAAGAGGGAAAAUGUCUUGAAAGAUAAGAAACAACCUAAAGACAACAGAAACUUAUAUCUUGUUAAGGAAGGAGUUGUAGUAGCUGGGACUAAGGCAGCAGUAGGUGUAUCAGCAUCAGAUAUGGCGAAGCGACUUGCCUUAGAGAGAAGCAAGACCCAAAUGCUGAAGAAUUUAAAUAGAUUCGUAUCCCGUUAUCGCCUCGUGGUGUCAAAUCUUACCCCGAAUUAUACAGACGAUACACUACGAAGCCUUUGCAAGCGGUUCUCGAGUAAAACUGCAGUUAUUACGGAAUGUAGAGUCAUGAGAGAUCUUAGAUCACCCGUGGGAAAAGAUGGAAGACAUCCAUCAAAGGGUUACGGUUUUGUAAUGUUCAUGCGACACGAGGACGCCUUAGGAUGUCUAAGGAAACUCAAUAACAAUCCUGAUGUUUUCGACAAAAAUAACAGACCGAUAGUUUCAUUUUCAAUAGAAGAUCGAACGGCGUUGAACGCUAGAAAGAAAAGAUUAGAAAAAUCAAUAGCAAAUAAUCCAAUGGCGAAUAAGGACAGUUCUGAAGGAAAAGGCAAAGGGAAGAAUAGAAAACGGAAGAGGCCAUCUGUACCAGACGAGAGUUAUGUCAAAAAGGCAAGAUUUGAGAAGAAAGAUGGUCAAGUCAACGAGACAGGUGGAAAAUUUGUGAAAAAACCUCGGGAUAAUGAAACUGACGAAUUUACGGGUUUAACGGCUAAGGCUGGAGCGCCGCACAAAAUUAGAAACAAUCAUAAACUUAACAUGCAAGCACAGGUCCAUAGACAAAAUGUGAAAAUGGAAAAGAAAAAGAGUGGGAAAUCUUGGAGGUUGAAAAUGGCGGCGCGGGAGAGAAUAAAGCAACCUAAACAGAAGAUUAAUAAAAAUAAAACCGGAAAGAGAAUUAAAAAGAAGAUUAAUAAUAUUAAGGAUUUAAUACGAUGA